AUUUAUUGCCCUGCUGUAAAGAGGUAACAUUAGAGGUAUUGCCUAAUUAAAGACUAUCUCUGUUGGCACCUCCUAGUAGGACAGGGCUUGAUCAUUCACGCCAGCAGUGUCUAUCACAGAGAUCAUUAUGCACAAUGAUUGUGUUAAGAUAGAUUGUGAUGAUGGAUUAACAAUGAUUAAGAUGAACUGUUCAAAUGACUUGAACAUGUUGAAGAUGGAAACAAGGCUUUUAUCCCGAGUCAGGUUUGAUCGCAGCACACACAAGGAUGGAUUUAUUUAUGGUUUACCUGCAUUGGUUAUAAUGCAGUGUUCAGGUGGAUUUCUGAUCAAUGAAUGCGGAUGGCAGCUAUGCAUGUAACUGUUGAACGAAGUGAUAUUGACUAAAAGUUAUCUGUAUAGUUGAAUGAUUACAGUGUAAUUUUUUUUCUGGAGGACAGACACAAAGAAGAAAGAUGGGGGCCGUCAAUAGCUGCUGUAUUCCAAAGCAUGUCGACUCAGAUUCAAGCACCCCCAAAAAGAUUGGGCAUAGGCGGAAUUUGAGUGCAGCUUUUAACAUGUCUGCGAUGAUGGAGGGUGAUCAGGGCCAAAAUCUUUUGAAUAUUAAUUAUGCAACAGAGGAAGAACUGAUGACUCUGCCAGGGAUUAACAGAGCCAUAGCUCAGGCCAUUAUAGAGUAUCGAAGAAAAAUUGGGGGAUUUAAGAAAAUUGAAGACGUAGCAUUAGUUUCUGGUGUUGGUGCUGUGAAAUUGAGUAUAAUUCGGGAUGAAAUUACUCUUUCUAUGAAACGACAAGGUAGUACUGGACCCCCAACGGAAGAAAAUUCUCCGACGGGUAGUCGAUCAGACAUUUCAUUUAGAAGUGAGACAUCUAGAAAAUCUAAUGGAAAAAUCAAUGUGAAUUCCUCUAAUGUGUUCCAGUUAAUGAAAGUAAAAGGCAUUGGACAGGUUCUGGCAGAGAACAUAGUUACAUAUCGAGACAAGAAAGGACAAUUCAAAGCAAUAGAUGACCUUAUAAAGGUGAAGGGAAUAGGUCCAAAUUUACUCAGUGCAAUAAGAAAUCAACUAAGUGUAGAUGAUUCAGAAAGCUCAAAUAAUACUCAACCUAAUGGACAUGUUCUAAGUGAUUCCGUUAACAGUGGCAAUACGACUAUUCCUCCCAAACUGUCAAAUAAUGACCAUAAUCAUACCAAUUGUAGGGUAUUAUCAAGUUCAACAGAAAAUAUGUUGGACAUUUUAGAACCUAUUAUCAAAUCGGGUACCAGACCCAAAGUGACACCUUUUAAUUUUAAACAUAAGAACCGCUCUGUUGUGAGGGUGGCUUCUUGGAAUGUGGAAAGAUUCGAUGAAGAAAAAGCCAACAAUAUAGGGGUGCGAGAGGUCAUCUGUAUGACUAUACUGGAAAAUGGCUUUGGGGUUGUUGCAUUCCAAGAACUAGCAGAUAAAAAUAGUCUUCAAAAGAUUUGUGAUGAAUUAAACAAUCCAACGAUUUCCCAUGUCGUGAAAUGGCCGGGAGUAAGGGGUUCUUGGAAGUGUGUAGUUUCCAAGGCAACAGGAAGAAUGUACAGGAGUUUGGAAUACAAUGGGUUUCUUUAUGACACAUCACAAGGAAUUUCUCUAUCAAGUUCUGCCAAUUUAGAAAAGCCAGCUAAUUCCACCAGAGACUUUGUUCGCAGACCCUUCAUUGGAAUUUUAAAGAUGAAGAAGUUUGACUGUGUAAUGGCCAGUGUCCACCUGAAGGCUACAGGUCUGGACAAUGAGGACUUAGAGAGACUCCAGGCAGAGAUAGACAAUGUACCUAAAGUGGUUAAGGCCAUAGAAGAACACUACCCAGGUGAGAAGGACAUUAUGAUCUUGGGUGAUUUCAAUUUGGAGCCAGAAAAGGAAGAUUUUGAUUGUUUGCGAGAGAAGGGCUAUACUAAUGCAAUACCAGCGGGAGCUUACACAAACAUCAGCAAUAAGAAUAUGAAGGGCAGCCGUACCUAUGAUCACAUCUGGAUCACAAAGGAAACAAAGAGUGUGGCCACUGGUAACUCGGGCGUGGUGAGAGAGGGCUUGACCAACGCUCUGAUUCCCAAUGGCUGGAGCUGGGGAGGCGUGGUCAGUGACCACUGCCCAGUGUGGGUGGAGCUUUACACAAGUAAAGACUUGGACAAAGCUGACCUAAGUAUAGGGGCAGAGGCUAUCAAAUUCACACUGGGGACAGAGGGAUGAUGGAAAAAGACUCUGUUACAGAUAACAUGUGAUACACUGGGAGAAGAAAGUUGAGAUUUAUCAUGUUCAUGAUCUUGCCACAAUUGAAUUUUGUAUACUCUAGGAUAAUUGUUAAUUUUUAAUGCAAUACUUUUCUCAAUUACAAAGACUGUGUUCUUGAUUCCUGUGCUUGAGCAACACAAUAUGUAUAAACUUUUAUAUGUAUCAUGAAUGAAAUUUGUUAUUGAUUUUCUGUACUGCAGUGUAAUAUAUAGAAGAGCACCUGUUUUUACAAAACUAUGUAGGGUACAUGGAGUCUUACAUGUACAUGAAAGUGUACAGAAUAAUUCUAUUAUCAAAUCCAGCAUCUGUGGGCAUUUAUUCACAUUUUAAUUUUUAUUUUUAUACUGCUUCAACUUGUAUGAUUGUUGAAUUUUAUUUCGUU